AGGGGCGCGGCGCGGGGCCAGAGCGCCUCCCGGUGGCGGCGGGGCGGGCGCCAUGGCGGAGCUGGGCGCCCACCUCACGGCGCCCCCGGCGGAUGGCGGCGGGGGGCAGCGGCCGAGCGUCUUCGAGGCGGUGGCCCAGGAGAGCCUGACGGCCGCGCUGCGGCCUGCCCUGCGCCACCUGGCCAAGGUGCUGGCCGAGUCCAACCCCGGGCGGUUCGGCUGCCUGUGGCGCUGGUUCGACGAGGCGUACGCCGUCCUGGAGCUGCUGCUCCAGCAGCACUACCUGGCCACCUGCAGCGCCUCCUUCUCCGAGAACUUCUACAGCCUGAAGAGGGUCCCGCUGGAAGGCCGCGAACGGCCAGCCCUGGCGGCCGCUGGGCUGCCCAAGAAGCAGCACUGGCAGUCCCUCCUGCUGCUGGUCCUCGUCCCUUACCUGAAGGGGAAGCUGGAGAGGCUGGUGGCCAGCCUCCGGGAGGAGGACGAGUACUCCAUCCACCCCCCGUCGUCAUCCUGGAAGCGUUUUUACAAAGCCUUCCUAGCCGCCUACCCCUUCGUACACAUGACCUGGGAGGGCUGGUUCCUGAUCCAGCAGCUGUGCUACAUCCUCGGGAAGGCUCAGCACCACUCGCCCCUGCUGCGGCUAGCUGGCGUCCGCCUGGUGAGGCUGACUGCGGAGGACAUCCAGAGCCUGCAGAGGAAGGUGCCUGUACCCGCCUCAGGGCAGGCACACAGCAUUAAAACACGAGUGCAGUCAGCGGCGAGGAGAGCGCUGGGUGGCAUUGCCUUCUCCCUGUCCAGCGGGCUGGCCGUGUCCGUGUUCUUCCUCCAGUUCCUGGACUGGUGGUACUCCUCGGAAAACCAGGAAACGAUCAAAUCUCUGACGGCGCUGCCCACUCCGCCGCCCCCCGUGCAUCUCGACCAUGGGGAGGGCUCGGUCCUUUUACCCAAGCUGAAGACGGUGUGCCCGCUGUGCCGCAAAAUCCGAGUCAACGCCACCGCCCUGUCCACGUCGGGCUUCGUGUUCUGCUACCGCUGCGUGUACAGCUACGUGAAGGCUCACCAGCGCUGCCCCGUCACCGGCUACGCCACCGAGCUGCAGCACCUCGUCAAACUGUACUCUCCCGAGAGCUGAAUGCCCUGCGCCGUGCUUCCCGAGACAUCGCUGAGGACAGUGGCUGGGAAGCAGGGGUGGUGGAUGAACCCCACUGCACCGCUCUCCCACGUCGCCUCCUCAAAGAGGGGGAGAAAAUAUGAAAAGGGGAUCACUCUUUGGGACUGGGACCACUCAUCAGUUACUGUCGUGGGCAAAACUGACUCAGCGUAGGGAGAUUAAUAUUUAUUGCCUGCUACUAACAGACAAGAGCAGUGAGGAACUAUAAAAGCAAACUAAAAACACCUUUACCCUGUCCACCCUCUUCUUCCUCCUCCCCCCAGGCGGUGCAGGGGAACCACUACAGCUCUAAAGCUCCCCUGAACGUGGCUGCACAGAGCUUUGCUACCCUCGUAACCUUUGGUAAGGUUCUUGCAGCAGAGUUUCGGAGGGGUUGGGCAGCCACUGCCUGUCAGCUGGCACAGAAACGCCUUCGUGCACCAACUGAAGGAGAGGAAGCGUUCAUUUAGAUAGUAAGAAUGCAGAUGGGAAGAUCAGAGAACAUCGCUGGUAAAAGUCCUGCUUGAGGGCGUGAACUAGCAAAUUAGGUAGGAAGAACUGUCUCGGAGAGCUCGUCCUCCCUCAGCUGCCCCCCGGGCACUCGCGAUGCCUGGGGCAGGCCCUGGCACUACCGCUCGUCCAAGAGACAGGCUCAGACCUCUCCGCUGAUCAUGCUAUUCUUAGGAGUCACCCUGCGUUUUCAGGCUACUCACCUUUGAAUUAAUGAGAACAUCACACCCUUAAUUCCUACCAACAGUGCUAAAUUAAGACUUUUGACUCUUUAAAGGAACAGGGGUUGAUAUGUACAAGCAGGGAUGCAAGAGGGAGGGUACGUGUUCUCCACAAGGGAGAAAAAUGACAAAUCAGAUUAAAGCAGCACCGUGCCAACUGAUGAACUGUUAAACGUGUCUUUGAAUCUGUUGGUGUCUGCUUUUAUAAAGCAAGAUUCUUUCUUGUCCGAGAAUCCAAGUGUAUUUAUUUAUUUUCUGAUGAGUGGGAAAAGCUUGCUAGUGGUUCUGUUUGCAUAAUGGAGGCUAAAGCUGCUUCCACCUUUGCAGAUGAUGACCAUGGAUACAAGAUUAGUAUUUUGCAGGCUGGGAACCUUUAAUGUCUGUGUUUGAAUUAAGGAUUACGUUGCGAUUAUUCCAGUCUCAACCAUGUAGCAUAUUCAUAUCGCACUGAAGCGCCUUUCAUUGAACAGAAGAAAAAAGCAAACGUGAUGUUACGGCUGGUUCUGGCUUGACACAUGAUUUUUCAAGAUGAAAGGCUGCUUUUUUCCAGACUUGGCUUUAGGGAGCGGCAGUUAGCUACUCCAGACAUCGGUCUCCUCGCUUACAGAACAGGAAGCAAAGUUUGCUGCACAGAGUACUUGGUCUUCCCAGAUUAAGAGAUAUGGUCUAACAUUUCAUCCACUGAACCAGUGAUCUAAUUUUUCCCCAUUUUAGCUGCACUUCAGAAGAUAAAAAUCUAUAAUAUCCUCCCUCACCUGUAAACAAGACAGCAAGGUUAUUG